GCACUCAUUGGCUGCUCCGUCCCGCGCGGGCUCCCAUUGGCCGGAGCCGCGGCAUGGGCGGGGCCAGCGUAGCCCAGGAAGCGGCGGCGGCCCCGCGGAGGCUUUUCCUGCCCGCGGCCCCGGAGCGGAGCGGGCCGGGCGGACCCGCGGGCCGCGCUGCAGCUGGACAUGACGACCCUCACGCACCGGGGCCGGCGGGUGGAGGGCAGGAGCUCGGACAAGAAGCCGGACGGGGAGGAGGACGCUGCUGCGGACAGGGAGCUGAACGAGGACGAUCCCGAUGACUCCAAAGACAUCCGCCUCACGCUCAUGGAGGAGGUGCUGCUCCUGGGGCUGAAGGACAAGGAGGGCUACACCUCCUUCUGGAAUGACUGCAUCUCCUCGGGGCUGCGGGGCGGGAUCCUCAUCGAGCUGGCUCUGCGCGGCCGCAUCCGCCUGGAGCCGCUGUCCCUGCGCAAGAAGAGGCUGCUGGAGAGGAAGGUGCUGCUGAAGUCGGACGCUCCCACCGGGGAUGUGCUGCUGGACGAGACCCUGCGGCACAUCAAGGCCACGGAGACGGCAGAGACGGUUCAGACCUGGAUUGAGCUGCUCACUGGAGAGACCUGGAACCCCUUCAAGCUGCAGUACCAGCUGCGCAACGUGCGGGAGCGCCUGGCCAAGGCGCUGGUGGAGAAGGGAAUCCUGACCACGGAGAAGCAGAACUUCCUUCUCUUCGACAUGACCACGCACCCCGUCAGCAACGCCUCCGAGAAGCAGCGCCUGGUGAAGAGGCUCCAGGAGAGCGUCCUGGAGCGCUGGGUCAACGAUCCCCAGCGCAUGGAGCGCAGGACUCUGGCUCUGCUGGUGCUGGCCCACGCCUCAGACGUGCUGGAGAACGUUUUCGCCAGCCUGGCCGACGACAAGUACGACGUGGCCAUGAACAGGACCAAGGACCUGCUGGAUAUGGACCCUGAGGUGGAAGCUGCCAAAGCCAGGGGCACGGAGAUGAUCUGGGCCGUCCUGGCAGCCUUCAAUAAGUCCUAAAACCCCUCUCACGCGGUGUGGGGGAGACCCUUGAUUCGAGGCAGGGGUCUCCCCAGAGGGACGUGGAGUUCCUGGGGCAGUGGGUGGGCUCAGCCUGGGGAGGGACCAGGGGAUUUUGCUUUCCCCUCCCCAGGCAAGGGUGGGAGGUGAGAGCCCCCCACCACCCCAGCCCCGUGCCUCCAGGGGGAGGUGGCUGUAGCUCUUCACUCCUUGCCCUUGGGAAUUUCCUUCUGAGGCCAGUGCAGAGCUGGGGGUGGCAGAGCCCCGGCUUGGAGGCCGCUCCGAGAGGCCAAACCCCGGCACAGAUGGGAUUGGGACACGCUCCUGGGUGCCUCUCCCACAGCCUGGGAGCUGUUUGGGCAGUGUGAGUUCCUCUGAGGAGCUCACACCCUCCUGGGUCGGGGUUUGGGGGUGUUGGGCUGCCAGGACCACCCCCAUCCCUGGCUGGCACGGGGCACCCAAAGCUCCCCUGCGUGUCUCCAUGGAGGAGCAGCUCUGCAAAGACCCCCGGGCUGUGCCCCCAUGGCUCAGCUGCUCUUUCUAGUAAGAAAAAAAGUUAAACUGUGAUUAUUUUUGUUCAAAACCCCCUUCUUUCCUCCCCCACUUUAUUCUCCUGUAGUUCACUUAAACGUAUUUCUCUGCA